AUGUCUGAACAACGUAUUCGCGUCGGCAGUGCCAAGGAUGUCGCGCAGGGCAAGAUGAAGGAGUUCACCUUUGCCGGUGAGGGCGACGAUGCCGUCAAGGUGCUCGUCACCAACGUCAAAGGUCAGCUCCACGCUACCUCGUCCAAGUGCACCCACUAUGGUGCUCCUCUCGCCAAUGGUGUGCUCACCGGCGAUGGCCGCAUCAUCUGCCCCUGGCAUGGCGCCUGCUUCCACGCCAAGAACGGCGAGAUCGAGGACGCGCCUGCUCUCGAUAGCCUGCUCAGCCUCAAGCUCGAGGUUGAGGGCGAUGACCUUUUCGUGACUGCCGACCCGGAGAAGCUCAAAGGCAAGCCCGGCGUGGCCCCCAGCUGCAAAGGCGGUGUACAGAGCGUUGCCAAGGGCAAGGGCGUCGUCAUUGUCGGUGGUGGUGCUGGUGCCAUCAACUGCGUCGAAGAGUUGCGCAAAAGCGGCUACCAGGGCAGUAUCACCAUUGUUUCGAACGAACAGGCCAUCAUCGACCGUACCAAGCUCAGCAAGGCGCUUAUCGCCGAUGCCGAUAAGGUGACAUGGCGUAGCAAGUCUCAUCUCAACAACGUGCUCGGUGUCGAGCUGCAAAACACCACGGUGACCAAGGUCGACGCCGACGCCAAGAGCGUGACGCUCGAGAACGGAUCGACGCUCGAGUACGAGAAGCUGGUCCUUGCUACCGGUGGUACUCCCAAGCGCAUCCCCAUCCCCGGUUCUGAUUUCAAGAACGUCCUCGUGCUCCGCCAGAUCAGCGACACUAAGGCGAUCAACGAGGCCGUGGGCAAUGAGGACGGCGACGAGUCCAAGAAGAGCAAGAACGUUGUUGUUAUCGGCUCCAGCUUCAUCGGCAUGGAGGCGGCCAUCGCUCUCACUAAGCGCGCCAAUGUGUCGGUGGUGGGUAUGGAGAAGGUGCCCUUCGAGCGUGUGCUCGGCCAAGAAGUCGGCGAGGGCUUGAUGCAGGCACAGAUCAAGAACGGACUCAAGUUCCACAUGCAGGCGGGCGUCGAGCGCAUCGAGGGCGAAAAAUCGUCCGGACCCAAGGCGGUGGUGAUCAAGAAUAGUCAGGGUCAGGAAGAAUCGCUGCCGGCUGACGUGGUCAUUCUCGGCGUUGGUGUUGCUCCCGCGACGGGCUUCCUCAAAGACUCGGGCUUCAAGCUUGAAAAGGACGGAGGCAUCGCCGUCGACUCGAAGCUGCGCGUGCAGGGCUACCAGGACAUCUUUGCGAUUGGUGACAUUGCGGCUGCCCCCACGCGUGCUUCGGACCACAGCAGAAUCGAGCACUGGAACGUCGCCUCGAACCACGGCCGUGCUGUCGCCAAGUCGCUCGCAGGUACCGAGACCGACUACGACAAGGUGGCGAUCUUCUGGUCGGCGCUCGGCUCGCAGCUGCGCUACUGUGGCAGCGGUGGACCCCAGUUUGACAGCGUCUACGUUGAUGGCAAGCCGGAAGAGCUCAAGUUUGCGGCUUACUAUGCAAAGGGCGACGAGGUGGUCGCGGUGGCUACGAUGGGUGUGGACCCGUUGAUGGUGCAGUGCAGCGAGCUGAUCCGCAUCGGAGCCAUGCCCAAGCUGUCCGAGGUCAAGAGCGGCAAGAACCCGCUCGAUGUGGAUCUCUCUCUGCCUUCGGCUAGAAUCUAA